AUGGCUCUUGUGAAUCCUCCGGCUUGGCCUGAUGUUUCUCAAAGCAUUCAUAAUACACGACAUUUCAGCUGGACUGCCGGGUUUCCAUAUGCAUCACGUCUCGAUUCUCACGGUGGCCCACCCAGAUUACAUGACAUCAGUUUGUCUACAGGUCUACAAGGUCUACGGCUCGACGAUACAAAUGCUUUGUCUGCCUUGGAUACAGCCAGUGCCGAAUGCACGACUCAUGAAACUGCGCCUUCUGGUUCACAAGCACAUAUCGAUCUCUCUAAAGGUCCUACCUGUAAAAGCCCUUAUUAUGACAACAGAAACUCUCGACGACCGUUCCAUAAAUGGAUGAGAUCUCUGCAUCGUCGGAUUAGCCAUAGAAGCGAUGAGGAAGCAAUAUGGCCUCCUGAUGCUGGAUGGCAAUACCUUGAGUCCGACCAAACUUAUCAACAGUCCCUCCGCCACAAACUCAGCCGUAGACUCUCAUCUUCUGGGUCUUCGCUUGGGUUGAUUGCCGCAGUCCAAAGUGCCAGUAUCAGCCUUGCUAGCGGCAGUGCUGUCUCGCGUUCAUGCCGACGUCAAGACCGUUCGCGUUGCCGUUCCCAGGCUGAGCGAAGCAGUCGAGCCUCUCUGUCUGUUCCCCGGUUCUCCGAGGAUAGUAUCCCCAUGGAAAAGGGAAAGAUAGAUAUCGCUGCAAUGCACCGUUCAAUGCGGCGCCGACAAAUCCUAGAGGAGCUCAUAAGUACAGAGGAGGGCUACAUUGGCGACGUUCGCUUCCUCAUUCAUACCUACAUCAACAUGCUUGCCGCUCUUCCUACUUUACCUGAACGACUACGCUCGUCCAUCAACCACAACUUGGACAGCAUCCUUCAGUUGCACGAAGAAAUGCUAGGUGAACUGCACCGUGUGAUUCCAGACUCCGAGUACAGCCAAGCCGAUCACCUCUUUGCGGCCUCCAAAUUCGCCAACGCCAGAUCAGGACAUCGUCGGUGGGCCAGUUUAGACGUACUUCCAGAAGAUCAGGUCAGCCUGCAGAGGCUCGAAAAGGAGCCUGGUCUGUUUUCCGAUCCUCAAGUGGCGGCAGAAGUAGCAAAGGUCUUCAGCAAGAGAGUGCAUCGAUUCUUCGUGUAUAGAGAAUACGGUGCGAAGUAUGAGAUCAUGAUCAAGGAUACUACCUCAGCUCUUGAGAACUUUCCUGAGUGGGAAACUCACCAGAGAGGUCUUGAGGCCUUCGCUUUCACGAUAGAAGCAUCGCCAUUGUGUGACAACAGAAAAUCACUUACCAUGGGGGACCUUCUUGUCAAGCCCAUCCAAAGGGUUUGCAAGUACCCCCUCUUAUUUGCCGAGCUAUUGAAAUGCACGCCUGUCAUUGAUUGCCCGAACUCUCACAUGAAAGUCGAAACUGCGUUGAUGAGGCUUCGCGAAGCUACAUCUGAGAUCAAUCGCUCGACCGAAGACAAUUUGAUGAAAGAGGCUCUUGAGAAAACUUGGUUACUGCAGGAUCGCAUAGUCUUUCCCAACAGGAGACUUGACGCGAACUCGAAGAAUCAGGUGCGGUCUUUCGGGCACAUACAGUUGGACGUCCUUUGCCUCGCCCACGGUAGCAGGCUUGCAAUGCCACCUAGCGCCCUUCUCAUGGAAACUGGUCUUUAA